AGUGGGGGUUAGGAGUUGAAAACGAAUUAAGAUGGUGUUGAAUAGGAGAAAAAAUUCAGGAGUAGAAGUAGAAGAGGACGGCCAUGGCGGUGGACGAGGAUACACAGAAGAUGGAACAGUAGACCUCAGAGGAAACCCAAUCCUUCGAUCGAAACGUGGUGGCUGGAGGGCUUGUUCCUUUGUCGUUGUGUACGAGGUGUUUGAAAGGAUGGCCUAUUACGGAAUAUCAUCGAAUCUGGUAAUAUACCUAACGAAGAAGCUCCGACAAGGGACAGUAACCUCGUCAAACAACGUCACAAACUGGGUGGGUACCAUUUGGAUGACUCCUAUUCUCGGAGCUUACUUUGCUGACGCCGUCCUUGGUCGUUACUGGACUUUCAUUAUAUGUGCAGCAAUUUAUCUGUCGGGAAUGUGCUUACUCACACUAUCAGUUUCACUACCCGGACUAAAGCCUCCUAGUUGUGAUUCUGGGACCGAUUGCAAGAAAGUUUCCACGUUGCAGCUAGCCGUAUUCUUUGGGGCCCUUUAUACACUCGCUAUCGGAACAGGUGGCACCAAGCCUAAUAUCUCCACCAUCGGCGCUGAUCAAUUCGAUGACUUUGACCCAAAAGAGAAGGCCCAAAAACUUUCAUUCUUCAAUUGGUGGAUGUUUAGCAUCUUCUUCGGUACCCUCUUUGCUAACACAGUUCUCGUCUACAUACAAGACAAUGUCGGAUGGUCCCUUGGGCACAAGGUUCCGACCGGCAGCCCCUUCACUAAGAUGGCUAGGGUCAUUCUUGUUGCUGUGAAGAAGUGGAAGGUACCUCUCCCCACUGACCCAAAACAACUUUAUGAACUUGACCCGACCGAGUAUUCUAAGAAAGGAAAAUAUAGGAUCGAUUCCACUCCUACACUCAGGUUCUUAAACAAGGCAUGCGUUAGAACAGAGGACAUCACAAUUCCAUGGAUGCUAUGUCCUGUAACCGAGGUUGAAGAAACCAAACAAAUACUACGAAUGAUCCCGAUCUUGAUAGCAACCAUUGUCCCAAGCACAAUGAUCGCACAGAUUAGUACACUUUUUGUUAAGCAAGGAACAACUCUCGAGAGAAAAAUCGGAAGCUUUGAAAUCCCACCAGCCAGCUUAGCAGGAUUUGUGACCCUUUCCAUGCUUAUAUGCGUAGUGCUUUAUGACCGCUUCUUUGUCAAAAUAAUGGCAAAGUGGACCAAGAACCCACGAGGGAUCACACUCCUCCAAAGAAUGGGAACAGGCAUGGUUAUUCACAUAAUCAUAAUGGUAGUAGCAUCUUUAACUGACAGAUAUAGGCUAAGUGUCGCCAAAGAUCAUGGUGUAGUGGAGAGUGGGAACCAAGUUCCUUUGUCAAUAUUCGUCCUGCUACCUCAGUUCGUAUUAAUGGGAAUGGCAGAUUCAUUUCUUGAGGUGGCCAAGAUUGAGUUCUUCUAUGAUCAAGCACCUGAAAGCAUGAAGAGUCUUGGGACAUCAUAUUCCAUGACAAGUCUUGGGGUUGGAAGUUUCUUUAGUAGUUUUCUCUUGUCUACGGUUUCUCAUCUUACCAUGAGGAAUGGUCAUAAAGGUGACCAAGUUUUAUGUAUACAAGGCUGA